AUGAAGGAUAAGGAUAAACACAAACGACACAGAUCCGGAGAUAUUGAGAGUAGUAAUCCUGAUCGAAUAUUAGAAGAUUUGCGAUCUAGACUGCUAGAUAAGCGCAAUAGGCAUAAAGUACAGUCUCACGAUGAAUAUAGAAGGCCAACAAAAGGUAGCAGUCAACAUGAUUUGGAUCAUGAUGAUAAAAGGCAUAAAAAUUACAGUAGGGACCUUGAAGAGCAUAGAAGACAACGUGAUAAACCUGCAGAGUAUUAUGAACGUAAAAGUAAAAAAGAAAUUGAUAUCAAAUCCAGGGAUUUAGAAAAUGAGGAUUACAGAAGUGAGAGAAAAAGAAACUCUGAAGGUGAAUCUGAACAUAAUUAUGAGCAGAAGAGGGAUAAAACAGAAAUGGAGACAUAUAGGCACAAGGAAAAAACAAAUCUUGUUCGUGAUGUUGAAUAUGAUGAAAGAAGAGAUAGGUUAUUAGUUGCAGAAAGAGAAAUGCUCAGGUUAAAAAAAAUUAGUCGUAUGGAAUUGCUAGCUAGGCGGGAAUUAAAAAGUAAAAAACUAUUAGAACAUGAAGAAGCAUCAUCUAGGAAAAAGAUGAGACGAUCUAGUCAGGAUAGCUUAGAUAAAGAUUCAAAAGAUGUUACUGUAGUAAUGGUAUCUGAUGACACAGAAGAGGAAAUGGCCAAUUCGAACUAUGACUCUGAUCAUAGUAAAUCAGAUGACAGUGAAGAAGAAGCUUCAGAGAAUACAGAUGAUCAUUCUGAUGAGAAACGUAAAUCCAAUUCGAGAUCAAGAUCAUGUUCAGAGUCUGAUACGAGUUCAGAGUCCAAUGAUGAAUCUCAUACAGAAAUACAAAAGGACGAUGAUGAUAUUCAAAUGGAAGAUUCAGAAAAGAAAAUUGAAAACACAAAGACAGAGAAUGAAACUAACAGUCCAAAUACUAAUAACAUUGCUAAUAAUAAUGCAGAGCACGAAAAAAACAGCGAAGCUGAAGAUUUGACAAAAUUUCCACCAUACUAUCCAGGAAUACAAGGCUGCAGAUCUGUUGCUGAAUUUCAAUGUUUAAAUCGAAUAGAGGAGGGUACUUAUGGAGUUGUUUACAGAGCAAAAGAUCUUCGAACAGGUGAAGUUGUCGCAUUGAAGAGAUUGAAAAUGGAGAAAGAGAAAGAAGGUUUUCCAAUUACUUCUUUAAGAGAAAUUAAUACAUUACUGAAGGCACAACAUCCAAAUAUUGUUACAGUUCGUGAAAUAGUUGUUGGGAGUAACAUGGAUAAAAUCUUCAUUGUCAUGGAUUAUGUAGAGCACGAUUUAAAAAGCUUAAUGGAAACCAUGAAGCAGGGUUUUCUGCCAGGUGAAGUGAAAUGUUUAGUUCAACAAUUAUUAAAAGCUGUUGCACAUUUGCAUGAUAAUUGGAUUUUACAUCGAGACUUGAAAACAUCAAAUUUAUUAUUAUCUCAUAAAGGAAUUCUUAAGGUUGGAGAUUUUGGCACAUAUAAUUUGCGGAUACUAGAAAUCAAAAUAAGAUUCUUUGCUGAAGAAAUCAUACCUCUAAAAUGA